AGCUGUUCCAGUCACACAGGGCAUAAAAUGGCACUCUACAGGAUAACACUGUCUCAUUGUUACUGGGAUCACUAGCUGAUAUUAAUUUAUUUAUAUUCUCAAAUAUCAAAUGAGUGAACGUUUUACCAAAUCCUGCUCUCGCAUUGGAUUCUUCUAUUGAAGUCAUCCUGUACUCUUCUUGGCAAGACAAGCUUUAACUGGUUGCUAUUUUGCCCAACAAGCAGCAUGUUGGAGAGCAGCUGCAAGGUAGUAAAAGAAGGACUCCUGGAGAAAAGGAGCGAUGGUCUGCUCCAGCUGUGGAAGAAGAAGAGAUGCAUACUCACUGAGGAAGGGCUGCUUCUCAUCCCACCUAAACAGCUGGAACAGCAGCCUCCUUCCCCAACAGAGCCUGCCAGGAUCAAGGAGCUGCACUUCUCCAAUAUGAAGACGGUGGAUUGUGUAGAGAGGAAAGGCAAAUAUGUUUAUUUUACAGUGGUCAUGACAGAGGGAAGAGAGAUUGAUUUUCGAUGCCCACAGGACGAGGGCUGGAAUGCAGAGAUCACGCUGCAAAUGGUGCAAUAUAAAAACAGACAGGCUAUUCUAGCUGUAAAAUCUACUAGGCAGAAGCAGCAGCAUUUGGUCCAGCAGCACGGGCAUCGCAUUAGGAGCACAUCCUCUAACUCUGCAUAGCCUCAUCCGGCUGAUUCCAGGUUGAAUAUAAGACGCACUUUAAAGGAUAUAAGAAGUCUUUUUGUGCAGCUCAUCUAACAGAUACAAAUUGUGGAAAACACUGUGCUAGACAAGUCACACUGCCUCUUCCUAUGCUGAGGAAUGUCUAAUUAUUUAUGGACCUUAGACAGAUUUUUGUGGUGGGAGAUGAUGUGUCAGUACAAGACGUACUGUAAUUCUAUUGUAAUCUAUUUAUUUCCUUCUUUUCUGCGCUUUGCCAAACAUGACUAUAUAUGGGCCAAGAAGAAAAAUGUAAGUGAAAUAAUUCAGAGAGGCGUGCAGCUCUAUCCACUACAUCCUGCUGGCUUCAAAGAAAUUGUUAAUAUUUUAUAACUCUUCAAAUAAAUACAUUGAGUUUUCUGUCAUAUGUUGGAGGACUAAGAUAAACAUUCUCUGCCGAGUUCCAUACAUUCUGUUAAGCCUUAUAAAUAUUUAUUUUGUUUCACCCAUGGACACUUCCAAACCAUCCUGUUGAAAGAAAUAGAAAAAUAGAUUGUGACUCAAGUUGAGCAGAAGAUGAAAAUCAAACAACAGGAUUUUGUCUGUUUGGUCAAGAUUGAUUAUUCGUUAUUAGCUGUUUUCUCUUCCUGAGCUGUAAGAGGAAUUUGCCACUUUUAGCUGUUUGAUUCUUGCGUUUCUGUCCAGAUUGCAGCAUCUAUUAGCUCUGAGCAGGCUGCAUAAGUCUCAUGGAUGACUGCACCUGACUCACUCACAGAUUUCUUUUCAUCCCAAAACUGGAAAAAAAAAUCUGUAUUAAAAGAAGGAUGAAUUCUCUCCAAAGAUGAGGCAGAACAAAGAAGAAAUCAUAAAGCAGACAAUUUGGUGAGACUGGCAACGUGAUAUAAUUUUCAUGCCAGACACACCACAUUUCCGAUCUGACCCUAUAUUAAUCCAAACUAAUUUUAUUAACUGUCUCACAAAAGAGGUUGCAGACUAUAAGUGUUUUUAAUUCAUGCAUUUUAUGUUUAAUGUUUCCAUAGUAACGAGUUGCUUUAGAAAGAAAUUACAGCCUUUGCUCUAGUCACUUCAGUGAUAAGACAAGUUGUGACAUUUUGUAUCUAAAUUCAAUUGCUAGGUACCUAUUUGAUUCUCUUUGGGGUUUUUUCUCUAAUGCAAUUAUUUUGCCAUCACUGACUGCUUAGGUUUGGACGAGUCUGUGCAUUUUCUUGGUGGUUACUAUUGGUUGCAAGUUCAGACUCCGGCUAAUUACAUUUAGGUUGGAUAUUUCUAAACAUAUUCAUUAACUCACUAAAUCAGGCUUAAAUAAAUUCUCAUUUCUAAUUCUGUGUUUAAUCACUGGAAUGGUUUUAAAUACAUUUCUAAAGUCAUGCACCAGGUUCACGCUGUGCCUUUCCCAAAGCAUAAUAUGGCAAGAGAUUAGUUGCUACAUGUGUAUGACAGUCCUGAUUGACUCACAAGCUGUGUCGUGCUCAGGGGCCACUCAGGAGUAGUUAUUUCUUCUGAACACAACUGUAACUGUGUUUAACCCCUAGACAAUUAGAAAUGAGAAUGUAUAAUAGCACAAUAUGCUAGAAAAUUAGGGUAUUGUUAUAUUACAAUGUUAUGUCCCUUUAAAAAAAAUAAGUUUGUCUCCACUACUGAAUCUCCUAAUAGAAAAGACCAAGGGGCCGAUUAUUAAGCACCGUAUGGUGCCUAAUACAUCUGUUUCCGGGCGAGCCUUCGGCAUUCAGCGAUGUCUGUCGGACAUGAUCCGCUUAGCGGAUCAUGUCGGACAGACAUAUGAUAAAUCGGACCCCAUAUGUGUCUAACCAAAAGUGUGAUGGCUCAGUGCAAACUCAAUCAUAACAAACAGCUGAUGAUAUUUUUAGAUACCUGUAAUAAAUAAAAUAGGAACAGAAGAGGGGGUUUUAAACUUAUGAUUCUAUACCUAAUGAACCCAGAAGUUAUGAACAAGAAAUAUAUCAAAAUACAUUUGCCUAAUGUGAUUACCAUUGUUCUAGACCUAAAUAACAAAAAAGUGUUUAUUUUUCUUUAGGAAAAAGAUAUGCAUCUAUGUGCGGAACAUUCAUUUAUGUAAUAAUUAUGUAGGGAGAUAUGACCCUGAGCAAUGAGACAUUCUGUUCUGUGUGAGUUGCCAUUUGGACACAUCGUUGUGUAGGCGGCUGUAAUUUUAUGUGUAAUAGACACCUUUCAUUCUCCGAAACUGUGCACAGCACAAUGUAAAUAAUAUUUUAUUUUUUGCUUUUAUAAACUUGCAUUUUUAAAAAUCA